AUGAGAGCCAGGACUGGAUUUACAUACCUUCUCGUCCUCUUCGGAGUUACUGGCGGCUGCUUAUCUGAUCUUGGUGAUGCCAGUGGGAAUGUAAUCCGGCACAUAUUGAACCGCGAUAACCGCAAUAGCUUCAUCCUGAAAGACUACGGCCUUGACAUUCGUGGAACCCGUGUUGAGAUAAAAACCCAGACAGUAAACGACGUAGAAGAGCACAUACUUGAGGCUGACAAUAACACAUUUAACGAAGCAGAAAUCAUGUUAAAAUUGGACAACCAUCCCCAGUUCAAAGAACCCAUCAUCUUGCCGAUUGGUGCCCCCCCAACCGAAAUCGGAAGGUUUCGGGUGAUUCCUGAAAAAGUCCCAAAAUCAAGCGGUUUGCCCCUACAAGCUAUCAUAUAUACAUUAUUCCCGUUGAAAGGAUCAGAAGAAUUGCUAUACGCAAGCUUUCCUGGUUUAGCUUAUGAAGAUGAUCGGGCGUUGUUCCUUUUGCCACAGUCGUACUUGUCCAAAUCCAAUCUAGCGCGAUCCACAAAUCUUGGACGGAGAUGGAUGUGUGAGCGUUGCUCAUGUGUCGCUUUGAGAGGAGCAGAAGAAGGAUCUACCAUCUUUCCAUCAAUCGAAGGGGUCUGCUGGCCUAGAGGAUUCUUCCCUUCGCAACACGCCACUGAGAAGUCUGAAGAAACGAACUUCCCGCAGGCUUCUUGUGAUAAUCGCUCUGAUAGCUUCGACGGUGGCCCUACUACGUUUCCCUCCCCGAACACUUCUUUAUACUUGGACGGCUCAAAAUGUUCAAUCGUCCCAGGAUCCUCACUUGGUAUCAAUCAGGGUUAA